AUGGAUAUCAAUUCCAAAGCUACACCUGUCGAUGAUCGGCCUCUUCCUGAGGACGUGGGAGAAACUCCGGCGAGACUUUGGUCUAAUUUUCGCGAGGAGACCACCGCCCACGGCAUCCCGAAGACAGUGACCGCGAAGUCGCGCUUUCGCCGCAUCGUCUGGGGCAUCAUCUUUUUGGCGUCGUUCGCGUACUUCCUGUACAACUUCAGUCUCAUGCUGCAGCGGUACUUCUCCUACCCGGUUACCACCUCGAUCGACAUCAAGUUCGCAUCUCUGCCGUUCCCGGCUGUCACUGUCUGUAACCUGAAUCCGGUACGCGCUUCCAAACUCCCCAGGGAGUUCAGAGGGUUCUUGGGUGUGGACAGUGACGAUCCAUCGCCCACCUCGGAUAUACCACGGAAGAAACGGGACGUCUUGCCUACACCCGCGCCCACUGAGUCGGGAAAUGUGUCUACGUCUCAGUCCAACUCGUCCAGUGCCGAUGGCUACUACUAUGAAUACGAGUACGAAUAUGAUUAUUACGACUACGAUGAAGGUUUUGAAAUGGAGCAGAACUUCACCAUAAUGAUCGCCCAUAAAAACGAGACCCAACGACAACAACUCGGCCAUCAGAAGAAGGACUUUAUCCAGAAGUGCACAUACAACGGAAGGCCGUGUUCAGGGAAGAAUUUCGUCCAAUUUCUUGACGAAAAAUACGGAAACUGCUUCACCUUCAAUAAGGGGAUUACGAACAACGGAUCGAAGAUUCCCUUGCGAAAUGUUACCCAGCCUGGUCCCUUAUACGGUCUACAAGUGCUUCUGUACGUGGAGCAGGAUGAGUACGUGCCCGUACUCACGGAGACCUCCGGGGUCCGUGUUCUUAUCAACACCCAGGCUGACCGGCCGUUCCCUGCGCUGGCCGGGUUUUCUGUCGCUACCGGUUUCAGCUCGUCUGUGGGACUUACACUAACUGAGAUCGAGCGCCUGGGUGGACAUUACGGGGACUGCACGGACGGCACCGGGAAGAGGUACGACCUGUACGGCACCACGUACGCCUACAGCUCCGUGCUGUGUCAGAAGACCUGCUACCAGCGCGCGGUCGUGCGGGACUGUCUGUGUGCUGACGCAGGGCUGCCCGUCCCGGACGGGACCGCGGUGUGCGACCCUGCUAACAGAAAGACAGCGGAGUGCCUGAAGGAGACAAGAGACGCGCUCCGGAAAGACUUGCUGGACUGCGAUUGUCCUGAGGCUUGCAAGGAAAGUGUUUUUGGACAAACCUUUGGCUUCUCAGAACUCCCAUCUGCGUCCUAUAAGUUUGAUUUACAUAUUGACCAGUCAUUUGAGAGGGCACCAGCCGUCGAAUACUCCGGAUAUAAAAAACAACAGCGAUCGCUCGAACAAUUUAUUGAAGAGCUCAAGAAAAUGGACAACCCCAAGAUCCAGAAGCUGUCAGCAGAGGAAGCAAGUGUUAACUUUGUGGAGCUCACCAUCUACUUUGAGGGUCUGUAUUACGACAAGAUUUCCCAAAGCCCGGCAUAUGAGGUGAUUAAUCUGCUUGGCGACAUCGGUGGUCAACUGGGGCUGUGGAUGGGGGUUUCCGUGAUGACGGUUCUCGAGUUUUUCGAGUUCAUCGUAGACCUGUUUUUGCCUUCCAAAAAGAGGAAUGGGGACCUCAGGAAUGAAGACAUCGAACUUGGCCCUACAAGUUCCAAGGCAAAUACUUGAGGGGAAACGUGACGACAGACUAUUGGCUUAGCAAGAACUUAAGACAUACCUGCAUGUAUCUAGUUACUAUGUCCCUGGAACGCACUUGGUAGACAUUGAGACAAGUUGUAUUGAUUUAAGUCUAACGAAGUGGGAAGUGAUGUAGGAUUUCGCCAAAGCAUAAAGCAUCAAUGAUGUAGGUACAGAAGUGAAAUGUUUCCAUACUGCUAUUAAGACACCGAAUCCUUUAUUUGGUUAAAUCAUCGCAGGUACAAAAGUUGCAGAUGAACAUGUAAAACAUAGAGAUACACGGCAAAACAAUGGUAUACAAGAGUAAUGAAACAAACAUCGAUAAAUUAAUGGUGUGCUAACAGUUACUGUAAUGACAUUUCUACCUAUGCUAUAUGAAGGGUUUGAUGCAUUGAUAUAUCCUGCAUGAAAUGAGAAAUUAAUUGGUAACGUUUUGGUAAAUAAACGGUUUGGACUACGUGAUCAAGAAGACGUACCUGCAAGAAUUGCCAGAGUCAUGUCGUCUACACCACGUAAAAUCAGUAUAUAGAUAUCUGAACACUGAACUGAAUGAGCACAAUAAAAUGGUAAUACCACA